CGCGUGGUCCUCACAUAGUCGCCGCAGUGCGCGGUUCACCAUCGUUUCCUUUGUGCCCUGCGUAUCUUGGAACUACCACGAGAGUCGGACAGCAACAUGACCUCAACGUACCCCACCAAAGAAGAGUCGGCGGUGAUCGCCGCCGCUGAAGAGCUCAUGGUCAAAACGAUGGCAAGAUACGACCCUUCUCACGACGCGUUCCAUGUCAAGCGUGUGAGGAAGACCGCCCUCCAGCUCGCGCGUACCGUCUCAGAAACAUUGCCUGAAGACAAGCGGCCCGAUUUCCUGGCUGUCGAGCUCGCGGCGCUCCUGCAUGACAUCCUCGACAAGAAAUAUGUGUCGGCGGAGGAAGCGGCAGACCCUUACGCGUGUUUCUUGCCGUUCUUUGAGAAGUUGGCGUCUGAGGGUGGAUCCGACCUCGUCAAGGACGGUCGUGCACGUUUAAUCUCCCGGAUUGUAGAGAACGUGUCCUGGAGCACGGAGAAGAAGCUCAUCGCGGCCGGCAAGAUCGAUGACUGGUAUAGAGGAUGUGUCGAGCUACACUGCGUGCAAGAUGCUGACCGCCUUGAUGCCAUCGGCGCUUUCGGCAUCCUACGUUGUGCUGCUUAUAGCUCCGCGGUGAAUCAGCCGCUGCACACCCCGAAGGAUGAUCCAAUGUUCGAGUCGUCCGCGAUUCAACACUUCCACGACAAGCUGCUACACAUCAAGGAACGUCUGAAGACUGAACCAGGGAAGAAGCUUGCUGAGAAGAGACAUAAGCUUAUGGUCGACUUUUUGCAAGAGGUCGAGGACGAAUACGAAGUGCAGGCAUGAGGCCGUGCACCAGGAACCACCUAUUGUGCGAUGUAACACCGGUACCCUG